AUGGCUGCUCUUCGUGGGGAUCCGGACAUAUUGCGGCACAUUUUCAAUUCCCUCCACAUGAAACCGUUCUCUCUCCGACCGCUGACGGUGGCCAUGCGCGUCAACAAGGCAUGGUGCCGCAUUGGCCAGGAUAUCCUGUACACUGUGGUCGAACUCAAUCUUGGGAUGAGUGCAGACAUGUCCCAACCUCGCCCUGUUAUUCGCCUUAUGAAGACUCUGGAUAACUCUCAGUCCUGUGCAACGGCCGUUCGCCACCUGGUUAUCAAGUCCGUCAGCCUCCACAGUAGCGAUUUGCAAGAUCUACUGUUGUCCAUAUUGAAGAAGACAACGGAGCUGUUGUCGCUCGACAUCGAUAUGAAGCCACUUGAUUCAGCACCACUCUUAUCAGAGUCUCUGUUGUCAUCAACGGACUUCCUUCCCCGACUUUCCGCUUUGAACACCAAUGACAGUCGCCUCGUCGGCAUUCUAUUACCCGGACGACCCGUUCGUGUCGUUCGUGUCGAAGAUUGGAUGACAUUUGAAGAAUACCGCCUGUUGUCGAGCAGAAUGACAUACGCCACUUCCUCAAUGGAGCAGCUGCAAUUGCAGUUGACCGUCGACAAUAGGGAAACAAUCACCCAGUUGUUUCUCACCCUCACGGAGACAUUUCCGUCGGUGUCAAUUCUGGGCAUUCAGAUGAAAUUUCCCCGGCCUCAAGAUGUUACGUGGCAGAGUCUUGGUGAUAUCCUCUCAGAACUAGGCCAUGCACUGUCUCGUUCGUAUUCUCUAAGUGCCUUCAGCCUUGCCGUUUCGCCGGACCCAUCUCCGCCCGCGGACAAUCAACCUGACGGGAGGCGUCGUGUCAUCGAUUUUGAAGGGAAAACAGAAGAGAUGGGGAAGGCUAUGGUUACGAAACACGGGUCCACCCUUCGUCGCGUCGAGCUACGAUGGCACGGUUGGACGAUUGACAGUAGUAACGCCUGGACACCGAUCAACCAGGAAAAACUGCUACGUCGCAGCUGGUCCUACGCAGAGACUCGGGAUCACGCUCGUCCGCCAUGCACAAUUCCCGAUCGCUGA